ACCUGUAUUCCACGUAAACACUUCCUCGGCCGCCCCUAAAUCAACACAACACUUCCUCGGCAGCCUUGCUCCAGCCGUUGGAAACUUCCAGUUUUCCAGGGAACUAAAGCUCUUGUAGAAUUCAAUGUGUGGAUAGGUGGAUGCUCAUACCUCUCUGCUAAAGGGGGAAAGCCAAGCAGAAGUUUAUCCACAAAGUCUUUGAGUAGUAGACGGGGGUUUUCUAAAUAGGACUCAGACGAUCGGAAGCUUAAAUUAGGAGAGGCGAAGUAAUAUAAAGUGCAAUAUUUAUAUUAACAAUAAGUGACAAAUUCGGGCUGUAACGUGAACCAGAGUGAAAGAGUUGGUCACUUGCAGAUUUUGGCAAGUGUUCAAGCAAUGCCUUUUAAGGACUAUGUCCUGGACUUAGUGGGUGUAGGAGUAAGUGCUGGAUUAACGUACACUUUCUACCACUUGGUGCGAGCUGGGAAGGAAGUGGUGUCCCACCUUAAGGAUGCACCGGACUUGGAAAUCAAUUCCAAUCUUAUUGGCCAAGUGGCCGAGAGCGGUGGUAGCCUGAUCGCCUGUGUGCGAGGAGUUGUAAAAGCAUCUGAUAAUGCGUUAAAGGGUGUUGCUCGGCCUGAAGUGACAGGCGUCAUAUGGCGCCACACCAUCCAAGAGCACCUUGUUGCACAGGUUAUGGGUUUAUGGAUGAAUGACAAAUUGACAGUUGAUUCAUCGAUGAGCUCGGUACCAUUCAUGCUUAUGAACAAAGGGAUUGGAGUCCAGAUUGCAGACCCACAAAAACUAGACGAUGUGACAUUAACUGUCGUCAGUGAAAAAUUUGAUGCUGCAACUAAUUCUUUGGCUGAUCAUGUAUGGGGAUGGAUGAAGGGUGUUCGUAGUACUGGCACACAACAGACAGAGGAGAUGUUGGUGGAAGGAACGAGUGUACUGGGCAUUGGGCAACUACUGUUAAAAAAUGAUAGUCUUCAUCUCGAACACGCUGACAUCGUUCCCUAUUUGAUAACGACUAAAAGCAAGAUGAGUGUAAUUGAAGACUUGGAGGCACCAAUUCCUUACAUCCGGAUACUCGGCCUAAUGACAGCAUUUGGAGUAAUAACAUUUUCUUACCGUGUGGUUUCUCGGUGGUAUAUACAAUGGCGUAAGGAUGUCCGAAGACGUGCUGAAGAAAGAAUUCUGGAGGAUGCGCGAGCUCGGAGAGAAGCCCAGGGAAAUGACUUGCCAGAAAGUCUCAUGUGUGUUGUUUGCUGUGACCUCAGAGAUGUACUGCUCAUGCCUUGCCGGCAUGUGUGUGUGUGUAGUGAGUGUGCACGCAAAUUGAACCCCAGAGCAUGUCCCGUGUGUCGGACUGAUAUUGAAAGCAUCCAGCCAGUUUUUUAUUCUUGAUUUUUUUUUCUUUUUAUAUAGGAUGUAUAAAUUGUUUAUAUUGAUAUUGUUGACAAUGCUCAACAUUGUUUUGUUAUGGUUUGUGUAUGGUAUUAAAGAUAUGUCAAUAUUUUUUUAUGAUAUACAGUAUUAAAUCUUGCUGCAAUUAUGUUUCAUCUGAAACAACAAGCGAGAAUGUAUGGCUUAUAAAGAUAAAUAGCCAAGUCUUGAUUAUCCAAGAUAAUUGCUGCAGUUUCAGAGUUCUCUUGGUACAUGUUAAUCUUUGUUGUUCAAAAUUGCAUAUAUUAAUACCAAUAUGUUCACCCUUGUGUGUUUAAAUGCAUGUACAUAGGCUAUAUAAUGUGCGUUCAGCAUAUGAAUGCUUUUGUAAUGUACAAUAUGUUUGAGUGAAAGUAAAGAUGUGCAACACAAAUUUGUAUUGAACGAUUAUUUUCUUGUACACGGCCACUCACUCCAUGUGAUCACAAGUUACCCUACAUGUAGUUUUACACUUGCCUCUCUUACAUAAAUACAAUACACAUAAGCUUACCUUAUUGCUCAGUACACCUUACUAUUAACUAGGUAAGUACACCAUGACAUAAUAUUAUAGAACAUGCUUUGUACAAAGUGCCUUAUAAGCUCCAAACCCUAACUGGUGAGCGAGUGGCAUUUCUAGCUUAGCAAUACUCAUUGUGUAAUAUUAAAUUAUUUAAGUAAUGUCUAAAUAUUUAUAAGAAAACCAAGGGAAUCUAAAAGCCUUUUUGAAAAAUCAUAUUAUUCUUUCUUAUCAUAGUGUUUGAGUUGCAAUGACAAAUCUUUACAGCUAGGAUUGAGAAUUCCAGCAAAUCUUUUUUGUUGUUCGUUCAAACCUGGCUUACAUGAGUGGUUAAAUACCCUUUGAUGAUAAAAGCUUGACUGUAAAAUAUUUUCAGAAUGUUAUUUGCCUUUGAUUAGGAUUUUAACUGGUGCCUCUAAUCUAGUCAUGGAAGUAUUGAACCAUAAGUUAAAUGUUUUGUGAUAAGUAUUUCGGGCUAAAUAUUGUUUAGGUAAUAUUUUGAAACAUUUAUAUUUUGCUUAGUUAUGGAUUAACACCUGGUAAUUUCAUAGAUCAUUUGGAGUAAUAUUUGUAGUAAUAUAUUCACCCAAUACAGUAUUUAUUAUCUCAUAAGAAAUUAGAUGCAUGGGUUAGGAAAUCAAUGGCUAUCUGAAAGUAUAGUUCAUGAUUAAUCUCCUGUCAUAAGAAAGUCAGUAACUUGGUGUGGUCAUGUCUCUGAUUUGCUGCUUCAUUUUUGAAGGUUAUAUUGGCUUUGGCACUGUAAUUGUAACAUUCGUUUUUUUUCCCCCAUUGUAUUUUGGCUCAUUUUUAAUAUAAUUAUUCCACCACUAGUAUGUAAAAUUUAAGUACCAUGUAUAGGUCCAGGUAUUGGAAAACAGGUAGCAAGGAUAGCAUUAUACAUAUAUACCUGAUAGGUAUGAGGCUCAUUGUGGAUGGGUUCGUUACCAAACAAAGUUUGCAGAGAAUGCAAUAUUUGAAUGACUUGUCUUCCAGGAAAUAGGCUAUUGUAACCAGUAUUAACAAUACAGUGCUGACGGUUCUGCCCUAUGUAAGUAGUUCCAUAUUAAACAUUCCACGAUAAGACUAACAGGAUCCCUUGACUGCUGUUGAUAUGGUUGCCGUCAUUGGACAUAUAAAUGAAUAAAUAAGUGAAAAAUUGCCUCAUUUUGACUGAUGUGCUGAAAAGUAUAUUCUUAUUUCUUUCAAAACUUUAAAUAUGGACAAAGGGGCAUUAUAAAUACUGUACUGUAUUAGAAUUUUACUCAGUGCUGUUUGAUUACUUUUUAAUAUUCUGUGUACUGUAUAUAUAUAAAACCAACACCUGUACAUUAUCUAAUUUUGAUGUCAGUACAUUCAAAACAGUGCUAUAGAUCAAUCUGGGUUUAUUGGUUUCUUUUGGUAAUCAUUAUGUAUUUUACUGUAAUUAGAUAAAUUGGUUUGUUUUUAUUGAUCAAAUCUAGUAUCUGUUACAGACCUUGUUUUAAAUAACUUAAUAAAUAUUAACCGUC